AUGGCGAAUGUGAAAAUAUGCGCAACUGACGUACAACGCGUGCUGCACACUCGAGGUCGGUGCAAGCCGUGUGCUUUUUAUUAUAAUAAACGCAAAGGCUGUCGCAACGGCGAAGAGUGCGAGUUCUGUCACCAUGAAGAGCAUUCGAAGCUGACUUUAAAGCAAUGGAAGAAGCACCAGCAAAGGGCACAUAGGACGAGAUUGCUAGAGGAGUGCGAUUCUACAGAAGUUUUGCUGGAUACAGGAGAAGCUUCUUUUGCUGCUGUGCAUGCAGCAGCAGCAGCACGUGCAGCAGCAGCACAUGCUGCUGCUGCAGCAGCAGAAGCAAACAGCCAUCCACUCAUCAGCCGCCCCUAUGCUCUGAAUAAUGCUGCAGCAGCAGCAGCAGCAGCAGCAGCAGCAGCAUUUAUCCCUGACCCUCUUACUCAGGUUGCAGGAGAUUUAGCAGAUUUAACUGCAGGGGAGGUGACGCUGCCAGAGGGAAGCUGA